GAAGAGCUAACAAUUUUAGAAAAUUAAGGUAGAAGAAUCAUGGUUUCUUUACUUCAUUCAUGUCAAUUUAGCUUAUUCUUCUUGAUUUUGGCGGUGAUCGAGAAAGCAAGGGCCGGAUACUAUACCCGUGUAUUCCGACCUACGACUUGGCAACUUGCCCAUGCCACAUUCUAUGGGGAUGAAACUGCUUCGGAAACUAUGGGUGGAGCAUGUGGUUAUGGAAACUUGUUCAGCAGUGGGUAUGGCACCGACACGGCGGCGCUAAGCUCAGUCCUAUUCAACAAUGGGUACGGAUGCGGACAGUGCUUUCAAAUCCGUUGUGUUCAAUCGCAAUGGUGUUACAAAGGAUCACCAAUAACUACCGUUACCGCCACCAACCUUUGCCCGCCAAACUGGGCUAAAGACUCCAAUAACGGUGGCUGGUGCAAUCCGCCACGAACCCACUUCGACAUGUCGAAGCCAGCAUUCAUGAAAAUUGCUCAAUGGAAGGCUGGGAUUGUACCUGUCAUGUUCCGCAGAGUGCCAUGUGUUAGGAAAGGCGGCCUUCGAUUCACCUUCCAAGGGAACGGCUACUGGCUACUUGUGUACGUGAUGAACGUUGCCGGUGGCGGAGAUAUCUCCCAAAUGUGGGUGAAGGGAAGCAAAACAGGGUGGAUAAGCAUGAGCCACAAUUGGGGAGCUUCAUACCAAGCAUUUGCUACUCUUGGAGGGCAAGCCCUUUCUUUCAAGAUAACUUCAUACACGUCCCAUGAGACUAUUAUUGCAUGGAAUGUUGCCCCUUCCAAUUGGCAAGUAGGAAUGACUUAUAGUGCCAAUGCCAACUUCCAUUGAUACUUAACACUAUAUCUAGAUGUUUUACGGUGCUCGAAAGCAAUUUAAAAGUAACUUUUAAGUAUAGUACAAAAUGCUGACCAUCACAUCUUUUUGUAUGUAAAGCCAUGAGGCUACGCCUUUAUGUCAUAUGUAAUGUUGUGCAUUUUUUUUUGUCUUUCAUGAAAGAAUCGUGUAAUUUUUUCUU